AUGUAAUCUCCUAAUAAAAGUGCAUUAUCAUAGAGAGAUUAUGUGGAUGAUGCUAGACCACUUUCAGUUUAAGAAUAACCAGACUUAGGGUUAUUUAAAAUUACUCCUUAACAAUUAUAAUAAAUAUUUCAUCUAAACACAAGAAGGAGUACUUGUGAGGAAUUAGAAUAUCUGGUACAAUAAGGUGGAAUAGGUAAUUAAAUAUCAUAAUUAAUUAAUAUUAGAUUGGUUGAUAGAUGGUUUACAUACAUCUAUAAAAGAUGGAAUUCCUGAUGACCAUGAUUAAAGAAUUUAAGUUUAUGGUCAUAAUAAAAGAAUAGUUAGACCUCCAUAGACAUAUUGUGAAUUAUUAUGGAAUGCAUUAGAAGAUUUUACUAUGCGAGUUUUAUUAAUAGCAUCAAUAGCCAGUAUAGCGAUAGAGGUGGCUACUGCAGAUAAUGAACAUCGUCAUUUGGCAUGGAUUGAAGGAUUUGCUAUAUUUGUAGCAGUAUUGGUCUGUACAAACGUUGCUGCUAUGAAUGAUUAUUCAAAAGAGAAAUAAUUCAGAAAACUAAAUGCUGCAAGUGAAAAGUCAAAAAUAGUAACAGUAAUAAGAAACAAAUAAUUGAUUUAAAUUCAUGAAGAAUAAGUUUUAGUAGGGGAUGUUUGUAAAUUGAUAGAAGGAAUGGAAAUACCAGCAGAUGGAAUAUUAAUUGAAGCUUCUGAUGUGAAAGUUGAUGAAUCUUCAAUGACAGGAGAAACACAUUCAAUUACAAAAGGAACAAUUAAUUAAUGUUUAAAAUAGAAACAAGAAAUUUCUGAUGAAGGAGUUUAAUUAGGAGAAUAAGAUAGAUUUAAAAUACCAUCUCCUGCAUUAUUAUCAGGUACAAGAGUAUUGGAAGGUGAAGGAUUAUUUUUAAUUUGUGUAGUAGGUGAUCUAUCUUGUUUAGGAUAAAUAAAAGCAUCGUUAGAGCAAGAUGAAGAAGAAGGUAAAAUAAAUAAUAAUUUGAAUAGAGACACCAUUAUAGGUAAAAUUGACAAUGAUAGCAGAAGAUAUUGGUAAAUUUGGAUUGAUAUCUGCUGUAUUAAUAUUUUUUGUAUUGAUGAUACGUUUUGCAAUAGAGAGAGGAAUAGCAAAUGAAUGGGAUCAUAGUAAACAUUGGAUGGAAAUAUUAAAUUUUAUAAUACUUUCAAUAGUAGUAUUGACAGUGGCAAUUCCUGAAGGUUUACCAUUAUCAGUAACAAUAUCUUUAGCAUAUUCAGUUUAAAAAAUGAUGAAUGAUAAGAAUUUGGUAAGGAAAAUGUAUGCUUGUGAAACGAUGGGAGGUGCAGAUUCAAUAUGUUCUGAUAAGACAGGAACAUUAACAAUGAAUAAAAUGGUAUUAACGAAAAUUUGGAAUAAAUAAUAUUAUGAAAUAGAUUAUUUGGCUAAAGAAUAGAAUUUAAAUUAAUUAAUUUAGAAAUAAAUGGAGAAUCUAUUUUUAGAAGCAUUAUGUUGUAAUUCAUCUGCAGAGCUUUAACCAGAAUCAGGAUCAAAGACAGAGAUAGCUUUAUUAGAAUAUUUAUAGAGAGCAGGUGUAGAUUAUAGAUAGAUGAGAGAGUCAGUGAAUUAUAUAAAGAAAAAUCCAUUCAAUUCAGCUAGAAAGAGAAUGAGUGUGAUAGUAUAGACUAAAAGUAAUGGGUUACCAAUUUAAAGAUUAUAUAUAAAAGGAGCUUCUGAAAUUAUAGUAUAGAGUUUAACUCAUAUGCAUACAUAUGAUGAUUAAAAGAUUAAAUUAGGAGUAAAGGAAAUAUAAGAAAUAGAGAGAGUUAUUAUUUAAAUGGCAAAGUAAUCUCUUAGGAUAAUUUGUGUAGCAUAUUUAGAUUUGACAGGAAAUGAAGAUAUUUAAAAAAGUAAUGGUAAAGUUUAUGAUAUUGAAACAAAAGAUCUUACAUUUUUAGGUUUAUUUGGAAUUAUGGAUAAUUUGAGAGAAGGUGUUAAGGAUGCAGUUACAAAGUGUAAAUAGGCAGGUAUAAAAGUGAGAAUGGUAACAGGAGAUAAUUCAGAAACUGCAAGAGCAAUAGCAUUGAAUUGUGGAAUAAUAGAAGAAGGAGAUAGUUCAGCAAUAGUAAUAGAAGGUGCUGAAUUUAUGAAGGAAGUAGGAGGAGUAGUUUGUAAGAAUUGUACAAUAGAAAGUUGUAAAUGUGCAAAAUCUUCAAGUGAAGCUGAAAAGAACGGAACUUCUUUAAGAGUAGACACAUUAGGAAAUAUGUCUAGAUUUAAAUAAAUCUAUCCUUAAAUUUCUGUAAUGGCUAGAUCAAGACCAACUGAUAAAUAUGCAAUGAUUAUUGGAUUAAAAGAAUGUGAACAUGUAGUAGCUGUUACAGGAGAUGGAACUAAUGAUGCACCUGCAUUAAAAAAAGCAGAUGUUGGUUUUGCUAUGGGUAAAGCAGGAACUUAAGUUGCUAAAGAUGCUGCUGCUAUUAUUCUAAUGGAAGAUAAUUUUAGUGAUAUUGUUAAGGCUGUUAUGUGGGGUAGAAAUAUUUUUCAAUCUAUUAGAAAAUUCUUAUAAUUUUAACUAACUGUUAAUGUUGUUGCUGUUGGUUUUACUCUUAUAUCAUCCGCACUUUUAAAAUAGGAUGUACUUAAACCUAUCCAAAUGUUAUGGGUUAAUCUUAUCAUGGAUUCUUUUGCUUCUCUUGCUUUAGCUACUGAACCACCAUCAAUGAUAUUAUUAAAGGAUAAACCAUAUUCAAGAUCUGAAUCUAUUGUUACUAAUAAAAUGAUUAAACAUAUAAUUGGAUAAGCUAUUUUUUAAUUGACUGUUAUUCUUGUCCUCGUCUUUCUUGCCUAAGAAUUUAUACCUGAAUAUGUUGAUGAUUAUGAUGAUAACAUUAAAAAUAGAAUUCAGGAAAUAAUCUAAGAAAAUUCAGAAUUUGUUUUUGAAAACUCCUCUCUUUAUCAUCCUAAAUAUAAUACUGAUUAUUAUCCUUAAUCUUUAAAAAUAAGAAGUGGUAGAUUUUUAACUGUUACUAGUGAUAAUGAUUAUGAAGAAGUUUUCAAUGAAUUUAGAGUACCAUCUCGUCAUUACACAUUUAUAUUUAACACUUUUGUUUUUAUGCAAGUUUUUAAUUUCAUCAAUAGUAGAAAAUUAAAUGAUGAAUUUAAUGUUUUAGCUAAUCUUUGCAAUAAGUAAUUUAUUACUAUCAUUUUUUUAGUCCUUUGUUCAUUCUUAUUGUUUUCUUUAUCAUAAUCUUACAAAUUAUUUUAGUUACCUUUGGGAAUCUUGCUUUCUCUUGUUAUAGUUAUUAUGGGCUUACAAUUUAAUAAUGGAUAAUCUCUCUCAUUAUUGGAUUAGUUGGUCUUUUCAUUAGUUUCCUUCUCAAAUUAAUUCCAGAGUAAAAUGUAUUAUACAUUAUUUACAUUUAUUAGAUUUGUCCUAAAAAAAUAAAUAACGGAUUAAGAACAUUAGAUAAAAAACCAUCUGGAAUUUUAGAAUUAAGAAGAGGAUCAUCUUUAAGAAAAAAAUAAUCUAUGCAUGAAUAAUAGCAAGCACCAAUUCAAGAUAAUCAUAUUUAAUUAAUUGAAAAAUGA